AUGGACAAAUGCUUACCCACGUAUCCAAGGGUUUAUGGUGAUACUGUUUUUAGAUAUAAAUGGGAACCACGUUUUACAAAAGUUGUAAAUGAUAUUGGGAACAAUAUUAAGGACAUUAUUACUAAGAACGAUAAAGAAGCACUAAGGAAUAAUUGUCUAUAUUUGGCUAGAUAUCUAAUUGUCAAUAAGACUCCUCCAGAUUAUUACAUAUUACAAAAAGAAAUAUGGGAAAAGGCAUUAAAUGUAUGGUUAAGUCCUUAUUAUGAAAAGCUAGAUAAACUAGGAGGAUGCCCUUUGAUUAUGGACGAAAAACAUUUAGAAAUUUUAAAAUUAAAAUAUGAAGUAGAUGAUUUCUGUAAAAAAAGAAAUACCGAUCUGACAGAUAUAAAACGGUUGAAGCAAAGACCUCAAUCUGAUGAGAGUUAUUCAAGUAAAUGUGAAGAAUAUAAUACAUGGAUUGAAGAAAGAAAUGAGCAUUUUAUGACAAAAAAAAACCUUAUUGAAUUGUGUUACGAUAGAAACCAAACAGAAAAAGAUACAAAAAAGAUUUGCAACAUAAUGGAUCCUCAAACUUUUAAAAAACAGCUUAACUGCACGCCCUCCCAUCCAGUACCACCUGGUCAAGUUCUAGCUGAAACAAAAAACAAGAGUUCAUCUGAAGGCGAAAAAAAAAUUGAAAGUAAAUUUACAACUCAAGAUAUAAACCAACAAGUUGUACCAGAUGUGCUAGAAACUGCAGCUCAACCUAGAUCCCAACAUGAUGAGCAUAGUGCUCCCGAAAAAGAUAUUGAAAACGAACCUACAACUCUAUCCCCAGGAACAGCUCCAUCUGAAGCAUUAUCAACAAAAACAGAAAAUACGCACGCUAAAUGUGUAAAAUCUCCCCAAGCUGAAUUAUCAGAACCUAAAUGUUUUGUUUCUUUAGAUUCAGAAAAAUCUCCUGAUUCUACACCACUACAUACAAAACCUGAUGUCUCCAGAAAAACCCAGGACUUUCAAAUUGUUUCUUUUCCUUCUGCAAGGUCAAAUGUUGCUACAGAUUUACCUGCGGUCACUGUGCAGUCUAAAAUUCCAAGAAUAUUUAAAAAAAAAAAAAAGAUAAAAAGAAGACAAGCGAAAUUUCUGAAAAUACUAACAUCUUCUUAUUCUUGCGCAAAAAACGAAUUUGUAAAACAUAAUAAGAUGGAAUAUCCAUUAUAUGAUGAUGAAGAGAUCACAAAAAAAAUAAAAAUACUUGAACAUAACAAGAAUAAUAAUAUAAACGCAUCAAAGCAAAACAAACGUAGAUACAAAACUAUCAUAGAAGUACAUAUUCAAAUACUCGAAGAAUACAGAAAUGAAGAAUGGGAGUACAUAAAAGGAGAAUUUAUAGAAAUAUGCUUAGAAUUGUUAACAAAAGGGGAACACAAUACAUACCCUUAUUUGACUAAUGACAAACUCAUAAUGGGAAAUACAAAAAGUAUUAAUCAAAAAGGAAAACAAAAAAUAUUAUGGAAUAAAUGGAUAGAAAAACAUCAAAAUCUUGCUGACAAAUUGAAAAAGGAACAUUGGUUUAAUAAUUUAAAAAAUGAUUGGAAAAGAGAACUAGCUAACUUAAAAAAAAGAGAAGAAUUAAAAAAUGAUCCUGAUGAAAUUCAAAAUAUUCCAUUUUCACAAGGAGAAAAAUAUAUAUGGAGACAGUGGAUAUCGGAGAAGUGUAUAAUUAUUAAGCAAUAUAUUGAACAGGACUUAUUUAACUAUUUAACUGAUGAACUCCAGAUUAUACCAGAUGAUUAUGAUAAUGAAAAAAUUAAAGAUUCUUUGCCAUUAAUUAAUAUAGGAGAAUUAUCGAACAAAGAAGACUGCCAAGAAUUAUAUAAAUAUAUAAAAAAAAAAUUAUUAACAAAACUGUGUAUCCUCGUUCUUAUGUCAGUAUUAGAAGAAUGCAAAAAAGAGCAGGACAUUGAAGAAAAUGAAUCACAUUUUGAUAAUUACAUAAUUGAAUUUAAGGAAAAAGAAAAUUCAGAUAGUAAAAAAGAGUUUAUACAAAACUUAAGUGACAUUAACCGAAAUGUUUUGGGAAAUAUGGAAAAUCCUGAUUAUACAACAGACGAUAGCUUUAGGAAAGAGUUAGAAAAUUGGAUAAUAGAAGAUAAUACAAAUACAAAUUCUAUGGAAAAGUAG